AUGUUUGCCUCAGUCUUAGCAAUUGGAGCUCUAUUGGGUGGAGCCACCGCUGGUCUUCUAGGCCAAGCCAACUAUGGCGGCGCUGUAGGAUUUGGUCAGCUGGGUGGCGCUUACGGCUACUCGUCGCCCCUGGCUUCCCAGCUCGCUUACUCGGGUCAGUUCGGAUAUGGUGGUCAAUACACCGGGGCUAUCGGUAACUAUGCCCGUCCUCAAUAUGACUUCUCCUACUCCGUUUCGGACCCCCACACCGGCGACCACAAGUUGCAGCAAGAGACCAGAGACGGCGACGCCGUGCACGGCUCCUACUCGCUGCUGCAGCCCGACGGCUCCGUGCGCAGCGUGCACUACACCGCCGAUGACCACCGCGGAUAA